CAUAGUCCGUCCUCGGCCACGUCGAGAUAUCGAGUCCAAACAUUGUUUGCUGAAAAUAUUGAGACCCUUUGAUGGCCAUGUUAAUCGUGGAUCAGUUCUAGGACCCAUAACAACACUUCAGCCUGGCAAUAUGGCGGCCAAUCCCACUGCUACACUUACUUCUCUUCUGCGGGGGUCAACAAUCGACGACCACAAUGAAUUUCUCAAAGCAGCCAAUGCUGCUCUAAAAGCUUCGAAGAACAAUCCCGAUGCAUUACACGUUCGAGUCGUGGCACUCCUGAAGUUAGACCGCUUCGACGAUGCAUUACGAGCCCUCGAUGACGGAGGAGACAAACUGGCAGAACGUUGCGUUCUUGAGAAGGCAUAUGCGCUGUACAAGACCGGGAAGCUCGCAGAAGCAAAAGAGUUAGUACAAGGGUCAAAGAAGAGGGGAUUACAACAUGUGGCUGCACAAGUGGCAUAUCGUGCAGAGAAGUUCGAGGAUGCUGCCCACAUCUACAAAGAAUUGAGCGCAAACGAAGGUCCGAUUGAAGGAGAGGAGAACGAUUUGAGGAUCAAUAGCUCUGCGACAGAUGCACAAUUAGAAUGGCAGGGAAACGGGGACAAAAUCGAUCCAAGCAGAAAGAAACCAUCAAGAGAAGAUCUGGAAGCAUUUGAGACGUCCUAUAAUGCUGCAUGUGGCUGUAUUGCUCGUGGAGAUCUUGGCGCAGGCAGUGUAUUAUUGAAGCGAGCGAGAGAUCUGUGUGAAGCUUUGGAUGAACUGAGUGACGAGGAUAAGCAGGCGGAAGUGCUACCAAUCAUGGUGCAGCAAGCCUACGUCUUCACGAAGCUUGGCAAAUCUGAAGAGGCCGAAGCUCUCCAAAAAAUGAUCAAUAUCGCUGAUGUUCCUGAACCACCAUCUCGAGUUAUUGCUCAAAACAACGCUUUGGCUUCAUCUACAACCAAUGACAAUCCUUUCAUGACACAACGGAUCUUCGAUUCUGUUCCUAAGCUAUCUCACGGAGAGAAGUUUUUUGAACAUCAAUCAAGCAUUUUGAAACGCAACAAAUAUGCUAUCGAUUUACAAUCACAAAAGUACUCUGGAGUAGCACUCUCGACCUCUUCUGUCAUCUCCAAAUCUCCACCAACUAUUUCGCCAUUCAUCAACACCUUGUCUGUCGUAAAUGCAGCAGCUCAUGCACACAACGAGACCGGAAAGGCUAGUCUUAAAGCCAUUUUACCUCUUCUUGAGAAGCGACCUAAUGAUGUUGGACUUAUUCUUGUUAUCAUCCAACUCUAUAUCCUGACCAACAACCCUGGUCCUGCCAUCAAUCUCUUAGAGACAUUCUUCAAGCGCUUAGAAGAAUCUACAGCACCACAAGACCAGGACGUACGCUUUGCACCUGGACUUGUUGCAGUUCUUAUCUCACUUUACCGCCUCUCUGGUCGCAAAGCACCCAUAAAGAACGAACUAGCGAAGGCAGCCACCCACUGGCGGAGGAAAUCAAAACCGUCAAUUUCCCUCCUCCGCGCUGCGGGCACCUCUCUCCUUGAAUCUUCUAACCCAGAAGAUCUUUCCACAGCCGGAGAAAUCUUCACUAGUCUCCGCAGCCAAGAUCCCAAUGAUCGGACCGCCAUCGCCGGCUACGUCGCAUCCUACGCCACCACCGAUCUCUCCAAAGUCUCCUCAGAUCUCGACAAACUUACCCCAGUUUCCCGUCUCAUUUCUGGCAUCGAUGCAGAAGCAUUGGAAGAAGCCGGUAUCCCCUCCUUCACACCUAAUGUACCCGCAAGCAAGAAGCGAGCCGCAGAAACAGAGAAGGAAAAGCCAGCUCAAGAGCCCAAAAAGCGCAAAAUCAAGAAAUCGAAGAUGCCAAAGGACUUUGAGGAAGGAAAGAAGAUGGAUCCUGAGCGCUGGCUACCGUUGAGAGAUCGAAGUACUUAUCGACCAAAGGGCAAGAAGGGAAAGAAGAAGGCGGCGGAUCUAACGCAAGGUGGAGUGGUGAAGGAGGAAGAGAGUUUGGAGUUGGCGGGUGGUGCUGGGAGUGUGAAGGUUCAGCAGAAUACUGGGGGUGGCGGCGGUAAGGCGAAGAAGAAGAAAGGAAAGAAGUGAGAGUUUCGUGGUGUAGCUAGCUUUAGGUUGCAUCAAUGAUUAGAGCUCUGCAUGAGAUUCAAAUGCUU